AUGGCUCCCAACCCCACCGGAUUUGACAUCAACGAAUUCAAGGCCGCCGCCCACCCCCGGUCGGCCUGGGCCAAGAAGGACCCCUGGGCUCGCUACGAGGCCUGGAGAUACACCGGUCCCUUCAGCCGCAUCAACCGUUUCAAGCGCAUCUUCCCUGGCUUCGGCAUUGCCAGCGUUGCUUUCGCCGGUUACUGCGCCUACGAGCACUUCUUCCUGAAGGAUGACCACCACCACCACGGCGAGGGCCACCACUAA